ACAGCAAAACAACACUGAGGGGGAGUGAACUUGUAGACAGCAGUCAUAUUUUGAAGAAACGUUACAAUAAUUUCUUCUAAUUGUGUGCAGUUGCAGAUCAGCCGAAAGUUGUCUGGUGUCUCCCAGUUCGUUGGUAGAUGUCCACCCCGUCAGACACAUCAGGUGGUAUGUCCCAUCCAGGCCCUUCUCCAGGGGCAGGUCUAUCCCCGGGGCCCAUAUUGGGCCCCAGCCCUGGACCAGACCCUUCACCAAGUUCUGUUCACAGUAUGAUGGGGCCCAGUCCUGGACCUGGAACACCGAAUGCCCCGCAUGGCAUGCAGGGCCAGGGACAGGGGGAAUACUCUCAGGAAAGCAUGUAUCCUAUGCACAAGUCCAUGGAGGGGAUGAAUGACAAGACAAUGGCAGAGGCGAUGCAUUUUGGCCACAUGAAAGGGGUGGGGAUGAGAUCCCUCCAUAGUGGAAUGGGACCCCCACAAAGUCCCAUGGACCAACACAGCCAGGGAUAUAUGUCUCCACACCCAUCUCCUAUGGGAGUCCAUGAGCAUGCUUCCAGCCCCAUGUCAGGUGGAGGAGGUGGACCUACUCCACCGCACAUGCCUCCCACCCAGUCAGGCCCUAUAAUGUCCAUGGAUCCCCAAGGAGGAAUGUCCAGCAUGAGCCAGCAAGGACGGGGGCCUUCUGCUUUCAGUCCGGUCCAGCUACAGCAGCUCAGAGCUCAGAUUCUGGCCUACAAGAUUCUGGGCCGUGGUCAACCACUACCUGAAAACCUCCAGCUGGCAGUUCAGGGCAAAAGAAGCCUACCCACAAUGCAACAGCAGCAGCCGCCUCAACAGCAGCCACCACAGCAGCAGCAGCAGCAACAGCAGCAGGCCCCUAAUGCCAGUCCGUACAGACCUCCAGGUAUGCCAUUGGCACCCAUGGGUGGUCCCCAAUCAAGCCCCUGCCCAACAUCAGCCAUGCAAGGACACAUUCAAAGUACAGGACCAAAGCCCUGGACUGAUGGUCAGGGUGGUGAAAAUCAAGCCAAUGCACCAAAGCACCUCACUCCUGUUCCCAGCGGCCGCCCAUCCCCUGCACCACCUCCGACAUCUGCUGCCCCUUCUGGGCCCAUGCCAGGCAGUUCAGCAGCCAUCCAGCCUCCAGGCCAGCAGGUGUCCCCUAUGCUCCAGAUGCAGCAGAAGCAAAACCGGAUCACACCCAUCCAGAAGCCUCAGGGUUUGGACCCAGUGGGAAUCUUGCAGGAGAGAGAAUACAGAUUGCAGGCUCGGAUUGCGCAUCGAAUACAGGAACUGGAAAGUCUGCCAGGCUCUUUGCCUCCUGACCUCCGGACUAAAGCUACAGUGGAGCUCAAAGCUCUGCGUCUGCUGAACUUCCAGCGGCAGCUGAGGCAGGACGUGGUGGCAUGUAUGAGGCGAGACACGACCCUGGAGACGGCCCUCAACUCGAAGGCAUACAGACGCAGCAAGCGGCAGACUUUGAGAGAGGCUCGGAUGACGGAGAAGCUGGAGAAGCAGCAGAAACUGGAGCAGGAGAAGAAGCGCAGGCAGAAACAUCAGGAAUAUCUCAACAGUAUCCUUCAGCAUGCUAAGGACUUCAAAGAGUAUCAUCGCUCAGUGUCUGGAAAAAUUCAGAAACUUACCAGAGCCAUCGCCACAUGGCACACCAACACAGAACGUGAGCAGAAGAAGGAGACUGAGAGAAUUGAGAAGGAGAGGAUGAGGAGACUUAUGGCAGAAGAUGAGGAAGGCUACCGAAAACUAAUUGACCAAAAGAAAGACAAACGUCUGGCCUACUUGCUGCAGCAGACGGAUGAGUACGUGGCCAACCUGACCACUCUGGUGUAUGAGCACAAAGCUGCUCAAGCAGCCAAGGAGAAGAAGAGGAGGAAGAAGAGAAAGAAGAAGGUGGAUGGAGAUGGUGAAGGCACCAGUGCCAUUGGACCUGAUGGGGAGCCGAUGGAUGAGAGCAGCCAAAUGAGUGAGCUGCCAGUCAAAGUGAUUCAGACGGAGACUGGGAAAGUUUUACAGGGGACAGACGCUCCCAAGUCUAGCCAGCUGGAGGCUUGGCUCGAGAUGAACCCCGGGUAUGAGGUUGCCCCGCGGUCGGACAGUGAGGAAAGCGGCUCAGAGUUUGAGGAGGAGGAAGAAGAUGAGGUGGCCAAGGGAGAAACGGAGGAAAAGAAAAAGACUGAUGCCAGUGGAGAUGCAGUGAACGUGAAGGCUGCCAAGCACAUCAUCGAGUCAGCCAAACAAGAUGUGGAUGAUGAAUACAGCGUUGCCACUGGGCAGACCAGCUCCCAGUCGUACUAUGGAGUGGCCCACGCCGUCAUUGAGAGGGUGGAGAAACAAUCCUCACUGCUGAUCAAUGGCACUCUCAAACAGUACCAGAUCCAAGGGUUGGAGUGGAUGGUGUCGCUGUACAAUAACAAUCUGAACGGUAUCCUGGCUGAUGAAAUGGGACUUGGGAAAACCAUCCAAACCAUCGCCCUCAUCACCUACCUGAUGGAACAUAAGAGGCUCAACGGCCCUUAUCUCAUCAUCGUUCCUCUCUCGACUUUAUCUAAUUGGGUCUAUGAACUUGACAAGUGGGCACCUUCUGUGGUUAAAAUUGCCUACAAGGGUACUCCUGCUCUGCGUCGCGGCCUUGUGCCUCAGCUCCGCAGCGGGAAGUUCAACGUCCUGCUGACCACCUAUGAAUACAUCAUCAAGGACAAGCACAUACUGGCUAAGAUUCGUUGGAAGUAUAUGAUUGUGGAUGAAGGCCAUCGCAUGAAGAACCACCACUGUAAGCUGACCCAGGUUUUGAACACCCACUAUGUGGCCCCUCGUCGGCUCCUCCUCACCGGUACCCCGCUGCAGAACAAGCUGCCUGAGCUGUGGGCUCUGCUCAACUUCCUCCUGCCCACCAUCUUCAAGAGCUGCAGCACCUUCGAGCAGUGGUUCAAUGCACCCUUCGCCAUGACAGGAGAGAGGGUUGACCUCAAUGAGGAGGAGACCAUCCUGAUUAUUCGCCGUUUGCAUAAGGUGCUCCGGCCUUUCCUGCUUCGCAGACUGAAGAAGGAAGUGGAGUCUCAGCUGCCAGAGAAGGUGGAGUAUGUCAUAAAAUGUGACAUGUCUGCAAUACAGAAAGUUCUGUACCGCCACAUGCAGAAAGGCAUCCUCCUAACAGACGGCUCAGAGAAAGACAAGAAGGGUAAAGGAGGUGCUAAGACUCUAAUGAACACCAUCAUGCAGCUGAAGAAGAUAUGUAACCAUCCAUACAUGUUCCAGCACAUUGAGGAAUCUUUUGCGGAGCACUUGGGCUAUCCUAACGGCAUCAUCAGUGGGCCUGAUCUGUAUCGAGCCUCUGGGAAGUUUGAGCUCCUGGAUCGCAUCCUGCCCAAGCUCCAGGCCACCAGCCACAGAGUCCUGCUGUUCUGCCAGAUGACCACGCUCAUGACAAUCAUGGAGGACUACUUCGGCUACCGCAACUUUCAGUAUUUACGUCUCGAUGGAACCACCAAGUCUGAGGAUCGAGCUGCGCUGUUGAAGAAAUUUAAUGAGGAGGGAUCUCAGUACUUUAUCUUCCUCCUCAGUACCAGAGCCGGUGGCCUCGGCCUCAACCUGCAGGCUGCCGACACCGUCGUCAUCUUUGACAGUGACUGGAACCCGCACCAGGACCUUCAGGCUCAGGAUCGGGCUCACCGCAUCGGCCAGCAAAAUGAGGUGCGAGUGCUUCGUCUCUGCAGCGUCAACAGCGUAGAAGAGAAGAUCUUGGCAGCUGCCAAAUACAAACUGAACGUAGAUCAGAAGGUCAUCCAGGCAGGCAUGUUUGACCAGAAGUCCUCGAGCCAUGAGCGCCGGGCCUUCCUCCAGGCCAUUUUAGAGCACGAGGAGCAGAACGAGGAGGAAGAUGAGGUACCUGAUGAUGAAACCCUUAACCAGAUGAUAGCCCGCAAUGAAGAUGAGUUUGAGCUCUUCAUGCGCAUGGACAUGGAUCGGCGGCGAGAGGACGCCAGGAACCCAAAACGUAAGCCUCGUCUGAUGGAGGAGGACGAGCUGCCCUCUUGGAUCAUCAAAGAUGACGCUGAGGUGGAAAGGCUCACCUAUGAGGAGGAAGAGGAGAAGAUGUUUGGUCGAGGCUCACGCUGUCGUCGGGACGUGGACUACAGCGACACACUGACAGAAAAACAGUGGCUAAGGGCCAUCGAGGAUGGAAACUUGGAGGAGAUGGAGGAAGAGAUCAGGCUAAAAAAGCGCAAACGCAAAAGACGUCAAGACAAAGACUCCUCCAGCAGAGACGAUGGAGGCACAAAGGCUAAGAAGAGACGUGGGCGACCGCCAGCAGAGAAGUUUUCUCCCAACCCCCCCAAACUCACCAAGCAAAUGAACACCAUCAUCGACACAGUGAUCAACUACAGAGAUGGGUCUGGAAGACAACUGAGCGAAGUCUUUGUCCAGCUUCCAUCCAGAAAGGAGCUCCCUGAAUAUUAUGAGCUGAUAAGAAAACCAGUGGAUUUCAAGAAGAUCAAGGAACGUGUGAGAAACCAUAAAUACAGGAAUGUGGGAGACCUGGAGAAGGACGUGAUGCUGCUUUGUCAAAAUGCACAGACGUUCAACCUGGAGGGCUCCCAGAUAUAUGAGGACUCCAUUGUUCUUCAGUCUGUAUUCAAGAGUGCCAGACAGAAGAUUGCCAAGGAUGAAGACAGCGAAGAUGACAGUGAUGAUGAUGAUGAUGAUGAUGACUAUGAGUCAGAGGCUGAGGCCAAGUUUGUACGGGUGAAGAUCAAAUUGGGCAGGGAAGCACGCAGCCACGACAAAGGCAAGAAGAGGCAGAGCCGAGGUAAAGCCAAGCCGGUGGUCAGCGACGACGACAGUGACGAGGACCAGGAUGAUAACGAUCAGUCAGACAAGAGCAAAAGUGAUGACGACUGAGGAAGGAGAAGCAAGGAAACGAGGACAGUAUCUUCCAUCGCUGCUGUUCUGGUUCAUAUUCUGUAUAUAAAUAUUUUUUUUUGGCUUCUUUGUUAGUCUGUAGUGCACCAUCUUCUCUCACCAGCUUUGAAACAUAUUGCUAAUAAAUCAAUAACAUACAGCAAUAUCAGUCAGCUGAUAUUCCUGUUUUUAAGACAGUUUUGUAGAAUAUUUUUAACUCUGUGCUUAAAGUGAAAAAAAAACGACAAAAAAAAUCUUUUAAAAAUACAUUUGUCAUUUAAUACAUGCUUUUUUCUUUUUUAGUAUUUUCUUGCUUGCACUUUUAAAAAUUCUUAAUACUUUUUUAAUAUAAACAAAAACUAUCUAAGCAAAGACAUUCAUGUUAAUUCGGAGUCACUGGUUAAAAAAAGGCAGUAAAGUUUUUAUUUUUUGCUUCAAUGUUUAACUUUGUGCUGUGCCAAAUGUUUGAAUGUUUAAAUAAAAUAAAUAAAAAAGUGAUGUUAACCCCUCCCAUAUGCAGCAACUGGCCAAGCAAAAGAUGGCACAACUAAAAAUAAAAUAUAAAAAAGCAAUUAUUUGAAUAACUGUUUAUAUGAUGUAACCAGUGCCAAAUGAACCGAUAAUCAUUUUUAUGGAUAAUAAUAUUAAUAAUAUAACCCGUAUAGUUGUAAUUAGACUUUAGUGUUACUCCAGUUAGCUGACAGUUAGCCCGUCACAAUUUUUACGUAAUCACCUGCUCGCCGAAAUUUAAUACAAUCAUAAUUAUUUAGCUAAAUUGUUCCAGUAGUUUCCAUUAACAGCCGGAACAAACCACCAACUGGAAAAAACCAACAUAACCUUUGCAACAGUUCAGAUUCAGAAGGUGCGAUUUUAAUUUUAUUUGAUUACGUGCUGCUGCUGAGUUUUGGACAUUCUGUACCUAAAGAUUCUUGUCUUUUCUCGUAUAGAUUUAUCCGUUAAACAGAACAACUCAGCAGCAGUCUAGAAGUGUUUUAGUAUCUAUUGAAAGAGAAAAGAACCACAUUUCGAACUAACCAGGUCAUGUUUCUCCGCUGAGCUACGACCUCAGCUCUGGUCUCCACAUUUCAAACAGGAAAAACUGACAGUUUAGUGGUAAAUUCAUGUCUUUGGGCAGUUUUACUGCUCUACAUUUUGUACACUUUAGUGAUUGUAGACAUUAGAAGGACACUGUCUCUGAUAGGUUUUCUGUUACCGUCUUCUUUUGGUAUUUCUGUGUCCACAAAUAAAUACGGAUUAAUUCAACUUCUAACCAGAUUAUCUAGGCCUGUUAGCCCAACAAUUUUAAUUAGACUAACAUGGCAUCACAAUGUGAGAUUAACAUUAACAAUAACAUAACAAUCUGACUUUUAAACGUCUGAUUUUUUUUUUUUUGUAAUGUUUUGUUCAUGAAGUGGACUGAAUGGAACCAGAGUAGAAACUUGCUUUUCAACGGUUAAUUAGAGUCGACACUCCCUUAACACUAACUAACCUUCAUUUAUGUCAUUUUGGUUCAAUAUUCUGAUUUAUUUUCUGUAAUAAAACAACAGACUGCUCUCAUAAAAUUCAUAAAAAGUAUAAGCUCUACAUUCCCAGGCUUCUGUAUUUAGAUGUAGCGUAUCAGAUGCUGAAGCUACAUGAAUACUUAACAUGUUUUUAUAAGUAGCUGAUGAAGUUGGACAAAGCUUCAUCAGUAACUAGCAAUGGCCAUGAAAUUAAAUUUUUUUAUGAAACGUAAAAUAAGAUUUAGCCAUCAGUUACCAAACAAGAAGAUCGUGACAGCCUACACAGGAAAUAUCUAAAGUUGAAUAAGUUGCUGUUUAAUUUGAGACGGCCAUAAAUGCUGAAUGAACUGUAAACUCUUUUAAUGAAAAUAUAAUCGUAUAUCACUCAGUUGGCACAUCGUUUUCAAGACGUUACUGUCUGUGUUGUUUCUUCUAAUGUUUUUAUUUUCUUUUUUUAAAGUUGUAUAUUUGUUGAAAUGAUUUUCUCAUUUACAAAACAAGUGCUUAGAUUAUUUUAACUAAGGAACUGGCCUUGAGCCCACCGGCGGGGAAACAUCUUGAUUUGAGUCAAACCAGCAUCAAUCGUAGCAGGAAAUGCGGCGCUUGUGUAGAUGCUGUACUGGUGCUAACAAUUUGUAGCUGGUUUUGAAGACUUUUGAAGAUGGUUGAUAAAUAUUACAAAGUAAACAGUAUUAUGAGAUUAAAAUCUGAUUCGAAUGAUAUUAAAUGUAACUGUAUGUUUUUACCAGUGCAUUGAUUUAUUCAUAAAGAUUGAGGUGUUUGUGUUCUUUGUGAAUUAGUUUCCUUUUAUUGAUUUUUGUGUUAUCUGUAGCAUGAACUCUUUUUGACAGUACCCUGUGCACAUGCAGAUAUAUCAUUUUUGUUUGCGUAACGUGCUUGCCGACUCUCCACAAGUCUGAUUUUACCUUGCUUUCUUUGCACAGUGUCUUUGUGGUUGUAUUUCAUAGCCCGAGGCAAAUAAACAUCACUGAUUUUCA